GGGGCAGGGCUGUGAAGAUGGCGGCAGUGGUGGAGGUGGAGGUUGGAGCAGGUGCUGCCGGGGAACGGGAGCUGGAUGAGUGUAACUCCAUUCUGGUACUCAUACUACUCCAUGAAGUGCUAAAUGGUCCUCUCCGCACCAGGGUUGAUAUGUCAGACCUCUCCCCAGAGGAGCAAUGGAGGGUUGAGCACGCACGCAUGCAUGCCAAGCACCGCGGCCAUGAAGCCAUGCACGCUGAAAUGGUCCUCAUCCUCAUCGCUACCUUGGUUGUGGCCCAGCUACUCCUGGUGCAGUGGAAGCAGAGGCACCCCCGCUCCUACAAUAUGGUGACCCUCUUUCAGAUGUGGGUUGUUCCCCUCUAUUUCACAGUGAAGCUGCACUGGUGGAGGUUCCUUGUGAUCUGGAUCUUGUUCUCCGCCGUCACGGCCUUUGUCACCUUCCGAGCCACCCGAAAACCACUAGUACAGACAACCCCAAGGUUGGUUUAUAAGUGGUUCCUGCUGAUCUAUAAAAUCAGCUAUGCCACUGGCAUCGUUGGCUACAUGGCUGUCAUGUUUACCCUCUUUGGUCUUAACUUAUUAUUCAAGAUCAAACCAGAAGAUGCCAUGGACUUUGGCAUUUCUCUCCUCUUCUAUGGCCUCUACUAUGGUGUUCUUGAGCGGGACUUUGCGGAAAUGUGUGCAGACUACAUGGCGUCUACCAUAGGGUUCUACAGCGAGUCGGGCAUGCCUACCAAACACCUCUCGGACAGUGUGUGUGCCGUGUGUGGGCAGCAGAUCUUUGUGGAUGUCAGUGAAGAGGGCAUUAUAGAGAACACGUAUAGGCUGUCUUGCAACCACGUAUUCCACGAGUUCUGCAUCCGCGGCUGGUGCAUUGUGGGAAAGAAGCAGACGUGUCCCUACUGCAAAGAGAAGGUAGACCUCAAGAGGAUGUUCAGCAACCCCUGGGAGAGGCCACACGUCAUGUACGGGCAACUGUUGGACUGGCUUCGCUACUUGGUAGCCUGGCAGCCUGUCAUCAUUGGCCUGGUGCAAGGCAUCAACUACAUUCUGGGCCUGGAAUAGUCAGGAAGAAGAGCAUCCACCCACCAUGGACCUCAGGGCUCUCUCCUCCCUGCCCUCCAAGACCUCCUGGGUGGGAAAGACUCAAAGGGGCACUCGGGCCACUCAGGACCCCCCUGGCUGUGUCCAGGCUGGGGAGGGGUAUGAGGGAGAGCCAGCUGGUGGGGCUGUCAGCAGUGGGGGCUUUUUAAAAGAAAACUAUUUUGAUGAAUAUAUUUAAAAACCUUUUUUUAUUGUGGA